AUGGCAAAACCAUCCACCGCUGAAACCUCCUCCGCCAGCAAUGCUCAUCCGCCGGCGCCGGCGCCGGCUUCCUCGCCUAAGAGCUGGGCCGACGAAGUAGAUGAAGAAACCAACGCAACGCCGAGCUCCGAGACAGCAACCUCGUCGUUCAACAUCGAUGUAUUAACGAUCGACGAGAACAAGAAGCCUUCUCCCAAGUUCUUGGACGAGCCUGAAGACUCCAACAUCCAAGCGGUUUCGUCCGGCGACACUCCGUACACGUCAGCUACCACCUUCGAAGAAUUGAAUCUCUCACCGGAGCUUUUGAAGGGACUCUACGUGGAGAUGAAGUUCCAGAAACCUAGUAAGAUCCAAGUCGUAACCUUGCCUAUGAUCUUGAAUCCUCCGAAUAGGGAUUUGGUCGCACAUGCGCAUAACGGUUCCGGAAAAACCACGUGUUUCCUUCUUGGUAUGCUUAGUCGAGUUGAUCCAAAGUUGCAGGCUCCUCAAGCUUUCUGCAUUUGCCCAACCAGGGAGUUGGCUAUUCAGAAUACUGAAGUUCUCCGAAAGAUGGGAAAGUACACGGGGAUUAGCUCAGAAUGUGCUAUACCAGCAGACAGUAGGGAUGCUUUGCCGAUAGCGAAACGGGCACCGAUUAUGGCUCAAGUGGUUAUUGGGACCCCUGGCACGAUUAAUAUGUGGAUGGCUUAUAAGAAACUUGGGGUGACAAGGUUGAAGAUUCUUGUUUUUGACGAGGCUGAUCAAAUGCUUGCUGAGGAUGGAUUUAAAGAUGAUUCCCUGAGGAUAAUGAAAGGAAUAGAAAAAUUCAAUUCUAACUGUCAGGUUCUUCUGUGUUCUGCUACAAUCAAUGACAUUGUCCAGAAUUUUGUUUCGGGGACAGUUAAGCAGGAUUGUAAUACACUUUUUGUGAAGGAACUAUCUUUAGAUGCCGUAAAACAAUAUAAAGUUCAUUGUCCUGAUGAACUCUCUACGAUUGAAGUGAAAAAAGUUUACAUACUCGAAAUAGGAGAGAAUCUGGGGCAAACUAUAAUAUUUGUGCACACAAGAAAUAGUGCAAAAAUGUUACAUAAAUCACUUGUUGUCGCUCCCGUCGCCCCAAGUAAGGUAGUCGACAAGGGAAAAAGGAAAGUGGUGAACAUUGUUAAAAGGAAGGUCCGGUCUGCAGCGGACAUUCCUGCCGAGGAGCUUGCUAGGAGGACUAGCGGCCCGGUUAUUAAGGAUGUGCAGGAGAAUGCCAAGAGUUUGGCGGUCAACCCUUCUGCACCUGAAGUUAUUCCUCCUAAACCAACGGCUUAUGGAAGGAAGACGGUUGCUAGCGAGGAUUUAAGCUCGCCUAAAGGAGCUAAAAGGGUUAGGGUGGAGAUCAACCCUUCUGCACCUGAAGUUAUUCCUCCUUUAGGCGAGCUUAAAUCCUCGCUAGCAACCCUCUUCCUUCCAGAAGCCGUUGGUUUAGGAGGAAUAACUUCAGGUGCAUAA